CGAAGGAUCUCUCGAGAAAGACAAAUUACCCACUCAAAAUAACGAAUCGUGUGGCCCUAUCCUAUUUUGCACACCUAAUUCCAUUCUCCAAAAUCCACCUUGCCUAUUCUCGAUCUCGACCGACUCGACAUUCUGCGCCGAAGUUAGCGAUACCAAGUUCGAGUUCGAAUUCGAAUUCGAGGUCAACGUCUGUCAUUCUUAGAUAUUAGGAGGAGGGUAGGACGAACUGUUGUCUGUUAUUGUUCUACAGCCGAAAUUUGGAACAUCCAAUUCUACGUUUCGCAAACAAGCUGUACAGCUAGCUUUCUUAGCUAUCUUUUCUUUGCAGCUGGCUGUGCUCCAUGACGACGUCACAAUGUUGAGAAGACCCUCAAUCGCGAUCCGACGGUAUACGAGCACAAGAUGAAUGGUGAUGCGGGCCUCGUAGGAUGCUUGGUCGAAAGACUUACAACUAGGCUCCCGCAUCGUACCGGCACUCCAGGUCAAGACCUCCAACACGACGAUGUCGCUGUAAUCACGCGCGCCACCCUCGUAAAGAUUAGCGCCACGUCCGUCGCAGCCGUACUCGAACCCUUAAUUUCGCUGUUGGAAGAUCUCGGCCGCCCGUAUAAAACAUUCGCAAGUCAUCCUCCUCAUAUUCUUCUGUCCGAAGUCUAUGUUUUGUCCCUAGCCGCCGAUUGCUGCUCUGCCCAUUGGGAGACCCUUCGUAAUGCCGACCCCGAUAGCGCACUUGAGGCUCCUGGGCCUAGACCUAAGAGCCCCGAACCGUUGGAGGAUGAUCUUGUAGCUAGGAUAUUCAAGCUGUUCAAACACCUAAUUGAUCCAUUGCCGGAUGGUUAUACUUUGCCCGCCAAGACGAUAUUGGAUGAGAAAUCUGCGCGCGAGGUCUUUGACGCUCGUUUUGGAGAACCGGUUUCUCGGGCCGCAUCGUCAAGUGGUUCGGACGACUCUCGGGACACUAAGGGACUCAAGAAUGAUGUUGCGGAAGAUAUUGAACCGCAUAUCAAAAUUAUUAUCGAAUUCGUGACCGCAUCGAGCUGGCCAGCUUCUUUCGAAUACGUGAGAAAUGUCAUCUACGGUAUCCGGGCUACGACUUCAUCCCAGGUGGUGCCAACAUUGGCCAUGGCGGAAGAAGAGAAGACCUCGCUAGUGAUAUUACGUUUUAUUUCGUAUAUGUGGGUUGAUGGCCAGAAGCUUGGACUCCUCAUUCAGGAGUUAUGCUCCAGUUUCCUCCACUUUCGAAAGGCUUAUCAAAACACGGUUGCCAUCAUCGCGCCACUUCUAAUCACCGGAUGGAUUGAGCGUUAUCCCGAGGAGUUUGUCGGAUUACACGUUCAGCAUAGGAAACUGGACGGUGGACCCGAUACUCUCUUCGAUAUGACACAGACCAUAUCCGAUAGUGGAAAAAGGCGGUCAAUGUUGUAUCCCUUUCAAACCACUCUACUUAUGCUGAUUCCUGACGUAUUCGAAGUAGCAAGCAAUUUGCGAGAAGCUAAGACAGGCGGUAUGGCUAAGAAGGUUGCAUUCCUUGAGAACUUAAGGAAGGCGUUGAGAAACAAGAAUGACGCGGCUGGGUACUGUCUCGUCAGUCUUCUUCGAGCUGUCCGUCAUUUUGAUGAUGACGCAGAUGCUACUAUUGUAAGCUAUGCUAUGGACGUUCAGGACGAGGUCCGAGAUGCCGUCUUUCGCCGAUAUCAUCCUAACGGAGACGGAGGUUUAUUCGACCAAGAUUUGGCUACAGCAGCUUUUAUUAGUCUCACGCACCUCAAUUUCGAGGGCUCUGUAGAGUCGCUAACGCAGUCGUGCCUUAAUUCCUCGGCGCCCCAUACCUUUAAGGUUGCACUUAUACAGGCCUGUUCGUACUUUGCGCGGCAGCCAAAUGCUGAGGAAUAUCGCCGUCUGUUCACCGAGGCUGCCGGUUAUAUACAAAGUCGACUAAAGGCAAUGUCUGCGAUAUCCGCAGACCUGUAUAUAGGAGACCGUCACUCUCAGCGUAAAGCAUCUGAAACGAACUCUUCAACCACCCUUGUGAUAUGUAAUAUUUUGAACUUCCUGGACGCCUCUCCUAUGACUUUAUUCGAAGCGCCUCCUUCAGAUAGUGUGGAAGCGGAACAGUUUUACGAAGAAAUCUUCGAGGCCUUCGUCUCUUGUCUUGUUACCGCUAAUGACUCCGUAAGAGCGCUUGCUAGUGGUGUAGCGAGAAAAUUACUUGCCCCAAAUGGCAUUCUGUCUUCGCUACGUAAAUCAAAACGUCUCGACUCGCAUAGUUUCGGUAUCAAGUUUUGGAGACUAACGUCACUCGUUCUUCUGGAGAUGUGCGAAAAGCACGAGCAACAAGAAGACGACGCACUACUCAAGUCUAUCCACGGAUACCUUGAAUCACGUCUCCUACUCCUGAGCUCGAUAAAAGAGUUAUCGGCGGUAUCCGAGGAUAUUCCAGAACGUGUAGCAACUUCGACAAAACUUGAGACGCUCUUUCUGACAUCGCUCUGUUCCGCAGAUAUCGAUACGUGUCAGUUAGUAACGUCUUGUAUCGGACUCUUCAACGAAGAGUGUCGUAUAUUGGACUCGGCCGUAGACGCAGGCAAGACAGCUAGUCUCAUAUUGCGGAAUAGUGAAAUCUUUGGCGAAAUUGCUUCCCCCGAUUUUAGAUUCACAGGGAUGAUGGCUUUCCAGAAGCGAAUUCGCUCCCUUUUAAGGCGCAUGCAGUAUCCUAGUGUAGGAAUCUUAGAUGCUUGGGAGAAAGCUUUUGAGAUGUGGCUUCAUUUAUCCAAAGACGUGUCUACAACAUCUGCGGACAGUGUCGAUGAGAAGAGUUUCUCAAAAUGGAGGAACUUAUCCGGAUUCCUUGCCUCCCUUGGCGGUAUCUGCACAGCGGAGCAGGCCUAUGUACUUGAAGAACCUGCCGCUGGUGGUCUGAAGUGGAUUGAUCGACUUUCUUCCGAGAAUCACGAAGAACCUCUUCUUAACAGAUACUUACAACUUAGCACCCAGCUACUUGCAUGCACCAAUGUCCGAGUCAGAGAAACGACGCGAGAGGUCCUAUCUAUUGACAUAUCCGCAACUCUCUACCAGCCACUAUUUAAGGCCCUGGAGUCGGAACUCGAAGUGCUUUUCACGGGCGCCCUUGAAGCGGCUGGCAAAGGGCAAGAUGUCGAAAUUAUAUUCGCCGAGCAAACAGCAUCAUUGUUCAAAACUCUGGUGGAACGGUUACAAACGCCCUCCGAGCUAGGUGCCGCGUCGUCGGUCCAAUUCAGCUCCCUCUGCUUGAGCUUCGCCAAAUUCUUAGAUGGUGUUGCUGAUAAUAUAGCUAGCCUUCGAGUGAAAAUCAAGAUUUGUCAACUUUGUGAAUCCGUCACCAGGAAAAAGGAGCACUUAAAUCUCCGCGAUGAUAUCAGGAAGCGAAAUCAGCUACUGGAGUACAUAUUUAGUUGGAUUGCCAGACCUCGGUCACCACAAACGGAAAGUGGCUACUCCCGCCUGGAUGAUACAGCACGAAUCCAGAAGGAUCUUGAUAAGGCCUGUCUCCGUUGUCUCGCUGAGUUGACGUAUAGAUUACCGCUUCAACCAGGAGAGGGUCAGAAUGAUGCCAGUACUAGUGAGCUGAAGUCGCAGAUGUUCCGUACCUAUUUCAACCGAUUUCUCUCAUUGCUUAACUAUGAGCCUUCGGAGAAUAAUAGGGAAAUUACAACCUCCACAGUGCACCGUGACGACUCUGGCUCGACUUCCGAACUCGCUAUCACUAUACUCUCGAAUCUCUUGAGUGCCAAUAUUGACGUCGGUCUCAAAUACUCUCUAAGCAUCGGAUACAAUGAGAACAUAGAGAUCCGAACUGCGUUCGUGAAGGUUCUUUUUAAUAUCCUUCUUCAGGGGACCGAGUUUAGUAGCCUGUCUGACAAGGCAGUGAAUGAGAAAUAUGAUGAAUUACUAGAGCUUCUUACCCACGAUAUGAGUCUUGCGGUUGCUAUUAGUACAGUUUGCCCUAGUAGCGAGGUAGAGGAGCUCACAAUUUCAAUGCUCAACAUCUUCGAAUCCCGUGGGCUCACCUUUGAGCUUAUGGAAGCGCUGAUCAAGCAAGAAAUCGAAGAAACGGAAAACGAGUCGGAAAUACUCCGUCGAAAUUGUGUGGCAACCAAGAUGCUUUCUAUCUAUGCGAAAUGGAAAGGAUCAAACUACCUCAAAGCUACUCUCCAGAAAGUUGUCGAGAGACUAAUGUUAACUUCAAAAGACUUAGAUCUUGAGCUUGACCCUACGAGAAUUUCGUCCCAAGAAGAGCUUCAGAAGAACGCGUUACAGUUACGAAUUGUUGCUAAAGUUUUUAUUGAUGAUAUAUGCGCAUCUUCAGCAAGUAUACCCCCUUCGUUCAGGAAGAUUUGCAGUAUAAUAUCCGCAGCAGUAAUGCCUAGGUUUCAAGAAGCCAAAUAUACGGCUGUUGGGGCAUUCAUAUUCCUAAGAUUCUUCUGCCCAGCCAUUGUUGCACCAGAAGCAGAGAAUCUCGUGGAUGUGGCUCCGUCUAAAGAGAUGCGACGCGGCCUACUCCUGAUCGCGAAGGUUAUUCAAAAUCUAGCUAACAACGUUCUAUUCGGGGCAAAAGAACCAUACAUGUACCCAUUGAAUGACUUCUUGACACAGAAUAUCUACCGUGUCACCACGUUUCUUCGAGAAAUAUCGGUCCCUCCGACUAAGCUCGACACACCUCCUACAGAUAGCGAGACUUUUGAAUUUGGCUCGUGCGUCGCUCUACAUAGGUUCUUAUAUGACCAUUGGGAUCAUGUCCGACAGAGACUCAUGUCGCAAGAAAGACGCGACCAUGUUCGCUCUCCUAAUGAAUUGGCCCGGGGCCGAUCACCUCUACUUGAGCCAUUGAGGGCUCUCAUUACAAAUCUUGGACCGCCACCCUUAGCGGUCACUUGGAAUCGCCCUCAAAUAUCUGCGAAUACUCCUCUUGCUUACUCUAGAUUCCAGCAUUUUAUGCUUCGUAAUGCUUUCCGAAGUACUGACUCCUUUUUAACGUCACGCGCUAUUUAUGACGGCGGUGAGAGCAGGGAUGGGCUCUCCGUUAUUUGUGUGAUUCUUCGCCAUAUCGACCAAGAUUCUAUAGACUAUGAUACCCUUUUGUAUUGCUUCUUAAAGAUUGCGAGUCGGUUGUGGUAUAAACCAUUCGGAUUGCUCAUUGAUGCGACGUGUUAUGAUGGCCAGAAUGACCCCCCAGAUGAGCUAUUCAAGAAGUUGGAACUCCUUAGCCCGAGCGAGUUAUCUCGGCAAUUGUCUAGAAUUUACGUCUACAAUAUGAACAGCACUUUCAGAAAAUGCUUUCGGCGUGUCCUUCGCGUCGCUACCAAGAGUGAUGCAAGCGUACUAAAUCCAGGAAAUGUUGAAUAUUUGCUGCUCAGUAGCCGCCUUGAUCUUCAACAACACUUCCAUUUAAGCCAGGUUCACCUGCCAAAAGAAACCAUCAGCAUAGCCACGGACUCUCGAUACACCUACCAACCUGUUACCCGACUUUCAAAGACCAAAGGAAAGAUUGAGGUUACUGUCGGGGUUGGUGGUUCCUUCGUACAAGUAACCACCGUUAAGAAGCAGGAGGUCCACCCGAGUUUCCGUCUGAACGGAAUUGUCAACGAUAUUUUCCAUCUCAAAGAUCUAGAUGAGGCACCUACUACUAUCGCUACCGAGGACGACUCUGCAUUUGGCUUACGUGCAGACAACGGCAAGAUCGUAAUGUACUUCCAGAGUGCCCGGAAAGCCGAUCUGCUGAAGGAAAUCCGUAGAGCGAAGGCAAUGUUGGGUAAAGAUACCAGAGCGAUGAAACCAUUCGAGCGCCUAAUUCGGCCUCAAGAUGUUCCAGGGACAUUACUAAACCUUGCGUUAACCAACCUCGGCUCUCCCGAUGCGGCGCUUCGGAUUGCAUCGUACAAUUUACUUGGGGCUCUUUGUCGUGCUUUCAAAUUCAAGGCAGCCUCCAAGUUUAUGUGCAUUAAAGACGUCUCCGUUCCAUUAGAUCCUACUCAAUUCAUCAUCAACAUCAGCAAAGUGCUUGCUCAAGAGGAGCCACAGUUAACGUCCGAUUUUCUCAACGAAUUUUUCGUCGGAUGGGAAAGUUUCUCAGAGGAACAGAAACCACUAAGUCUCGCAUAUAUGGCACCGUGGAUACCCAGCCUGCGUACAUCACUCUUACCAGACGAAUCUGAUAGCGAAAAGGCCAAGGAAAAGAUUGCCAUGAUCUUCCGAAAGUUAAUUGACGUAACGGUCAUGGAGCCUUCGCUAGCUCUGACGCUCGAAUACACGGUUUGGCCAGCGAUCUAUAAGGAUGAAGUUUUACUAGAUAUCUUCCUCGAUGAGAUUAUCAAAGCAGCGUUGGCGGUAGGGCUUUAUGACGAUCAUACUCAGGCGCUAACGUCAAUAGUGACGGCUAUUGGCACAAUAACACUUCGUGGCAAGAUAAUAUCUAGGCUCCGAAAAGCUCUAAACAGAUCGUCCCUACGGCCAACGAAGUAUCUCCCCGAAAAUGCUGUUUGGAAUGAGAUAUGCAUUCUGCUCCAGUUCUGCCUUUCCCUUUCAUUUGACUGCGGUGUUCAGUCCCAACUCUAUCUACCUGAGAUCUUCCAUAUCGUUACUAUGCUAUCAAACACGGGUACUUACGAUAUCAGGGCCCUAGUCCAUCGAUUAUUGAUCAAUUCGAUCCAUGCGGCAUGCACCUCGUUUAAACUAGAAGACACGAGGCUAUCCAAACUUCGAGGCACUCUUGAAAUUUUAUCUGAACCAAGGAACGAUAGUCUUUCGGUUCCUUUAGUCCUAGCACGGGAUGGAACCUCGAUCUCAACGACACAUGAUGCGGGACCAGCUCUUUCAGUUAUAGAAAAUCUCGCAACGUUGCUAUUCGAAACGUGCUCCGUCGCCGCUCCAUCAGUCGACAUGGCCAACGCGUGGCGGUCAAGGUGGAUGAGCUUGGUGGCUAGCACUGCAUUUCAGAAUAACCCAGCGAUCCAGCCCCGAGCUUUUACCGUAAUGGGAUGCUUGGCUCGCGAAGAGGUCGAUGAUGAUCUACUUUACCAAGUUCUCGUGGCACUUCGCACCAGUGUGGGCCGGUUCGGUGAUGACACUGGUAGCGAUAUGCUUGUCGCUAUAGUCACAUCCCUAUCUAAAAUGAUCGCCAAACUCACUUCGGCUUCUCGUUAUGGACCACAAUUAUUUUGGUUGGCGAUGUCAUUGGUGCGGCUUGUACCCGCCACCCUAUUCAACUGCACCGCUCUAUUCUUGGAAGCUGUCUUGACAAAUAUUGGGACUACAAAUGAAUUAAGGAGUGACAAAAUGUCCCAAUAUCUGCUACAAGGUCGGACACAACUAGAAGAAGCAGCAUUACCAUUGGACGAAGCGUAUGGUGUCCAUUUCACGACCGACAGUUUCCAUUUCGCAGUUUGCGCUUCUCUUGCUCGGGGACUUACCGACCCUAUUACCAAGACUCCAGCACUCCGGGUCCUUUCGACAUUCCUCGAAAUGACAACCGACAGUUCGUCGGAAUCGGCGAAGACCUUUUCGAGCGAGUUUUAUGCGUCUCCCUAUUUGGCUCUCAUCCAAGCUCGUGCGAUUACCCCCGAGGAUUUGAAGGAAUGCCUCUGGUCAGUUGGCAUAAACCCGAUUGGCGUUGCAAACCUAGGACCGACUCGUAACUUGAGCGACUUAGAAACCGUAAGGGAUAAAGAUUUGCUACUUAAUACGGCAAUCGAAUUAGUUGAUUUUCAGAUCCUGGAUGAAGCUGCACAGACUCACACUCUGGUGUGGUUGAACGAGCUAGCGACCGGAAGACCUACGGUCAUAUUACACUUAUGUCCUACCAUUGCAUCGUUUCUAGACGAGGUGUUACUUCACGGUCAGAGCUCCUCGACGCUCGGAUCGGCGCACACUCUACUGCAGACCCUAUCAUCCAACGCCAAAUUCACCAAAGCUUUGGAUAGUAGUGGGAUGCUAAGCGAUAUUUUAGGGGACAUGGGAUUUGAAGGGUUAUGGCGUUCGAGUUCUUUCAACCAUGCCCAGGAUCCUGAUAAGCAGUGUGCCAUUUUGACGGAAAAGUUGAUCGAGCUUAUCAUCAUCUAAAAGAGACAGUACGCACACAUCUCAACUUGUGAGGGAAAAGGAAAAUAGAUAUGAGGGAAUGGGCGCAGCAAGGACGCGAUGAUAGCAUAUCCCGCGAGUCGGUCAUAUUGGGACAUACAUGUAUACGUCUGGAUUUACGAGUAUGUUAGUAUGGGUAUUAUGAGAAGUACGGGUUGUGAUUUUUACGUAGUGCGAAAUGUAGGGAA